CAAAAAUUCAAGAGUUAAGUUGUCGACACGGCUAAAGUUUUAAAGUUUUUACGCUACUUCAAAAGUUAGUUUUUGCAUAUAAUCUUGAGUUUGGAGUUUAUUAUGCAUCAUAAUAAAGUGGAUAAAUGUUAAGUUAUCAAUGUGAAGUUUGUUUUUGUGAUAUAUGAGGACUGUGUAACUGUUUAUUGUUUCAUGUAGGUGGCUACCUACUAUUGUAGUUGGGCCCAAUGUGAAAGUGUUUUGGCAUAAAAUUCAGAUCCCAUUGUUUUAUCUUUCCGGGUAUACGUUGGGAAAAACAUUAAUAAGUGUGACCUGCGUAAGACGUCGCUUAAUAUUGGUGAAAUGUGUGUUACUACGGUGUUUAACUUCGAUUAAGUACUGAAUAACUAUUUGCAUGGAAGCUACAGCAGCUACGAUGAAUUUGCAACCCAUAAAGAAUAUAUUUUCUUCAGACGAGGGCGGCGGCAGUUCGGACUCUCGCUCGGACAGCAGCGAGGACGAGGUCACUGAACACGUGACGAGAUCCACUCCACCACCAGACAUGGCUGCCGCCAGGGCUCAGGUGCCCACUAUAAGCGUGACCCCGCACAGUCCGGGGUUGCUAGAAGACAGCUUGCAGCAGUUACGACGGCUACAUGCAGCUGUACAGCGCAUGAGAACUGCGCCACUGCCUCUUUUGGCGACAGGCACGAGCCGUCUAAGCACAUCUUGUCCCUCGCUAUGCAAAGAUGGCGUGGUGGAGGUAGACUGCUCGUCUCCAACACAUCUGGACUUCUACCCACAGAGCCGGAAAGGCAGUGGUGAAUCUCGACAAUGGGGUUUAUGGGAGCGUCGGGACGAGGGCCGCCGCAGCAGCUGGGCGGCGCUCGAGCCUGGCCCGAGGACUCACGAGUCACAUCGACAGCGCAGUGCGUUGAACGGGCACAGUGCGUCGCUCUCGUCGAUGGAAUCGGAGGGCGAGGUGCCGCGACCAGUGCGCCACUCCACACACUCGCUUAAUGAUAAUGAUCUCGCUAAGGACUUCGAGAAGGUGACGGCGGCGUUACGUGCGGGUGGCGUGGUCCCCGGGUCGGGCGUGGUGGCGCCGGUGGAGGGGGGCCGCCUGGCCGCGCGCCUGCCGCUGCAGAAGUCCGUCUCCACGCCCAGCAUCGUCGCCGCCGUACAGCCCCAUCUAGCACAACCACCGCCUAACGUUGGGGCGGCGGGGAGUGACUCGGAGAGCGACGACGCGUCCGCCGCCACCGUCGGCGUCACGCAGCCCGCCCGCCACGCCGCCAACCAUCAGGACCUUGGCCUACACCGACUUACCUUCCUUGAACAAGCGGCAUUUGAUCAUCAUGCUGAGAAGAGGCGAAAACGGGGCAGCUUAUUCUUUAGGAAGAAGAAGGACAAAUCUCGCAAGACUGCGCAUGCGUGGUCGGCGGCCUGUUCCGGCGGGGACUGCGAUUGGUGCGGACGAGCCCUCGCUGACAAACCCGCUCUCUAUUGCGACAAUUGCACGAAAACGGUGCAUCAAAACGUAUGCAAAGAUUACUUCGACUGCACUAAACCAAAGGCUUCAAAGACAUCGGUUGCCAAGAGUCUUAGCGCCAACAGUGGUAAGAGCAGCAAGCGUAGCUCCGUGUCCAGCCAAUCACAGAACACCAAUAGCACCAGUCACAUCUACAAUGACGACAAAGAUGGCUCCGAUCACAAACACGACCAGAGCAACGCAUCAGAUGACGCCGGUGUAUCAGAAUGGCCAGAAGUAUACCUCACACCGGAGCAGCUGGGAGAUGAGGCGAUACGCCUUGGAUUGGGAGCCUGUGAACCCGAUACCUGGGCCGCCGGGGCGCCCAAGGGACUUGCCAAACAACUUGGCGAUAGAGAGACUAAACGACAAGAACACAUCUACGAGUUGAUAUUGACAGAGAAACAUCAUUGCUUGACGAUCAGGCUUAUGCAAAAGAUGUUCGCGGAGGGCAUGGUCCGCGGCGCGGGCGUGUCGGCGGCGCAGGCGGCGCGCAUGUUCCCGCGCGUGGACGAGCUGUGGGCGCUGCACGCGGCGCUGCUGGCCCGCCUGCGCGCGCGCCAGGCCGCCGCGCCCGCCGUCGCAUCCGUCGCAGACAUACUCUGCGACACCUUCGCGCCGCCCAACCAUCACAAGCUCAAGGCCGCUUACGGAGAGUUUUGUUCCCGGCACCGCGAUGCAGUGGAGGUGUUCAAAGAGUGUUGUACUCGGGAGCCAAGACUUUCACGUUUCAUACGAAAAUGUCAACAGAACCCACUACUUAGGAAGAAGGGUGUCCCAGAAUGCGUGCUAUUCGUAGCGCAGCGUUUGACGAAGUACCCGCUUCUAUUGGAGCCACUGUUGAAGACUGCUGGGGACGAUCUCACCGAGCGAGACUUGUUGCAACGGGCGCUAUGCGGAGUCAAGGAAAUACUAGUGGACGUCGACAAUCAAGUAGCGGCCAAGGAGCGUGAAGAUCGUAAGCUUGAGAUCUACCAUCGCAUCGACGCAAAGUCAUUCGCCAACUUCAGAGGACGCAAGUUUAAGAAGAGCGAUAUACUGCAGGGAAACAGGAGUUUGAAGUUUGAAGGCGUAGCAACCCUAAUGCAGGGACGCAGUAAGAUGCAGACGCUACUCGUGAUAGUACUGACGGACGUCUUAUUCUUCCUGCACGAUAACAACAAUAAAUACACCUUCUUCACGCCCGAUAACAAGACCGGCGUAGUGUCUCUAGUAAAGUUACUAGUACGUGAAAAGGCUGGCGCUGAAGGUCGCGGCUUGUAUCUGAUAUGCAGCGGGCCCACGGAGCCCGAGAUGUUUGAGCUCAGGGUACAUCGCCCCAAGGACAUACAGACUUGGAUACAGGCCAUCAGAGCGGUAGUACAGAGUUGUCCGGAAGAGGUAGAGGAAUCUGAAGUAGGAGCGACGGCGCCCUCUGCCGAGGAAAGGCAGCGGCAGCUGGACGCCAGGCAUGAGAAUAUAAGACUGAUCACUGAGACGCUAAGAGCAAAAGACAGGGAGCAUGCGACGUUACUCGAGGAGAAGAUGGCGCUGCAGAUGAAACUGGUCGGCAUCACGGACGAGACGUGGCUCACAUUGCCACACACAGGUAGCAGCACAGCGUUCCCCGGCCUGGUGUUCCCGGACUACGUGCGUCUGGCAGCGCCCUCUGCCGACAAAUACGCGCUGUGGCAGGACGUGUGCAAAGUUGUUAUGGACGCGUUAGAAGCGAGCAGUGCACCCUGGCAGAGUGGCGGCGCCCUAGGCCGCAGUACCAGCUCGGCCGGGGAGCGACACUCCGUCGCAUACGAGAGCCCGGCGCUACCGAGGCGGGCCGAUACCUUCGCGGGAUUCGAUGCUAAUAGGCAUAGAGUGUCAAACGUAACCCUCCGUAUGUCGACGGACACUCCGACGGAGGGCGGCGAAGCGGAAGCGGAGAAGGCGGGUGAGGCGGGCGAGAGGCCCGACCUCAGCGGGGAGGCCGCGCUCAAACUGCAACACGCUAUAUACACGCUCACCUGUAUUGUAUGGCAGCAACUUACUACUAUACAUAGCCUGGAGGCGCAAGUAAGCGCAUGGCGCUGGCAGGGCGGCGGGGGCGCGCGGACCCCGGACUGGUCGGACGCGCAGCUCGAGGAGCUCCGGCACGCGCAGGCGCGCCUCACGCGGGACCGCGCCGCAUUCGACGCGCAGCGCGCCGCAGACCAUGCCGCGCUCAACGCAGAACGCCAGCAGUUACAAGCCGCGCGUCAAGAGUUGGCUGAGCAACAGAAGGACGUCGAGCAACAGAGGGAGAGGCUCUUCAGGCGACUCGAGCGGUUACAGCAACAUGGCUAUAAAUUAUACACGACUUACGAAUUUAGUCGAGCUAUCACUUCAAACGCUGCUGUUCUUAAAAGCCCAAGAUCAUUACUUUUAUACGCGUGCGAAGACGCGGACGGAUCAGGUGGAUCUCAAGAGGAGAUAGCGAGUGUAGGCACCCUGUCACCGGACUCCAGCGUCAGCGACACCACGCGGCGGAAAGAACCUAAGUGGCGAAAUAACCGGGGCUCUACCGGGUCGGAGUCGUCAGUGUCAGCGUGUAGCGCCCGCGUGGGCGUCCUGCCCCCGCCCCAGCUACUGUCCGCGCAGAACGAGACACGAGCCACCGUGCACGCUUCCGCCAUCUCGCAAAUGGUGAAACAGCAGUUGCCAUUAAAGUUGGCCAGCGGUAAGAGCCAGCAACCACCGCCCGGGUACCAUCGUCUGCACGAGUCACCUAGCGAGCAUCAGCAUCAGAACCAGGGCCUAGUGAUUCACCACACGCGCACCGGCAGCUCGCCCGCCCCGCUACCCUCGCAGCAGCAGAUCAAUAACAAAGCCACCAGAACAAACACGUACCCAAAACUGCCAGACAAGUUCCGCGUCCGAUCGCCCGACACGGGUGCAUCGACCGCGUCUCCCCCAGCUGCGGCGUCAGAAGAAGAGGUGAUUUUCUUCUGACAUCCACCACCCGACGCGCCCCAUACGCGCUCCUGAGACUGUCGCCUCUCAUAAGACCUUCCGAACACUUCUGACACCCUGGUACUUUUAAUUUUACUGUAGGGGAAGACUUGAAUAAAGAAUUUUGGUUUUUUGCCCUGGACAGAUGGCGCUAUUGUUGCUAAUGGCGUGUUUUAGUCAAACAAGGGCUUACUGUUUUAUGAACAUAACCGGUCCAAUGACCUCACAUUAGCAAAUGCUUGAUUGGACAAGAGACUUUUUGCUACACAAACACUAUCUUGUCAGCAGAAAACGGUAGCACUUACGAUAAACUGUCAAUAUUUGAAACAAAAACU